CAACUUUUAUGGCAACUUUAGUGGGAGGAGAAUAAAUUCCAAGCCCCUUUCAUUUCUCCAUCUGCAAAAUUAUUCAUCCUCUUGGUCUGGUUCUGAUUCCUGAGUCGGAAAUCAUGGAAGGCUACAUAGAAAAGGUGCCAAUCGAUCGUGAAAAAAUUAUACUCAUAAUGAAUACGAUGAAUUUGACUGUUCAGGUUUCCAGGAUUCCCUCUGGAGUGACUCGGGAAGAACUCAAUACCUUCUUCUCAUACUGCGGAACUGUCAACAAAAUUCAGCUCCGUAGAAAUAAAGACGAAUCACAGACGGCCUUGGUGACAUUCGUACAGCCAUAUGCAUUUCAAACUGCUCUUCUGCUUGAUCAAGCUGCUUUUGGUGGCCAAAUAAUUCGUGUCUCACCUGCAAAGGACUCAGAAUAUCAUCUCAGUCCAGAUGAUCUCACUAAUGACACCAAGAAGAAGAAUGAAAACCAAGGAUUUAUUCCAGUAAUACAUGCUGAGAUGCAAGCUAUUGCUUCAAAAGGGGUUGAAGUGUUAACUAAAACCGGAGAGAAGCUAGAGGAAAACUUCAAGCUCUCAGAGAAAGGUAGAGCUGUUAUGGACCAGACAAAAUCACUGGUUUCUGCAGCUGAGCAGGCUGCAGAACAUGUUGGCUCCAAAAUAGUCAACAAUGAUUAUAUAACCAAAGGUGCGUAUUGUUUAUCUCGUGCAAUGGACAUGGCCUCCAAAUGUGCCGCAGAAUUAGGCACUAAAAGGAAGGAUAACCCUAACUCUAGAAAACAGAAAUGAAGCUUGUUGUGUAGAUCCUAUUACUAAUGUUUGGUGGAUCAGCAGUAUCAUUCUAAUAUUACCAGAAGAAGUCCGAUUAUUUGUGUUCAAUGUCAAAUAUUUCAAAGCAUGUAUAUAGGCUUAUCAUGUAAGUAAUCACAGUUAUAUUGACAAGUGUGACCUUAUAUAUCUUAUGCUAUGAACUUAUUAUAA